AUGUCUUUAUUCCUUAGAUUUAAUUGCACUAUACCCCAAGUUCAAAAUGUAUUUGCCAAACAGCUAAUUGCAAAUACACAGAGGUGUUACUCUGUAUACGGACUGUUCCUAAAGGAUACAUACCCUAACUUAAAGAAGGAACACCCAUAUGCUUCGUUUGGGGAGGUUUCGAAGAUGGCUGCCAAUAAAUGGACUAUGUUAACCGACACGGAAAAGAGACAUUAUCAAGAACAGGCGGCUAAACUGCGCACGGAAAACAGUGAAAAGCGGGCAAAACGUCCACGGAAAACAUCCGUUAAGAGGCCUCCUUCAGGGUACAUUUUGUUUUCUAAUGAGUUACGUACUCAGAUUAAAGAGCAGAACCCUUCAAUGAGCCCUCAAGAGAUUGUUAAGUUGCUAUCAGAGAAAUGGAAUGCAUUGUCGAAUACCGCUAAGGCAAAAUACAAUCAGAUGUCAAAGGAUCAACUCGAGCUAUGGAAAACACUUAACGCUUGA